UACAUACAAACUUUUAGUUUCUUCUCCCCCAUUUUCUCUCCUCCACUGACACAAAUCCAAUGCCCUAAUUUUAUUUUUCUUCACGGAUUUAAUAAAAACAAAUUUUCCUUUCAGAUCUAAAAUAAUCCGAGAAAUUUAUUUAUUUUUAUUAAAAUUAUUUAUUAUAUUCCCAUUUUCUUUCUAAAAAUUUAUUUUAAAUAUGGAAGUUAUUCAAAAUAAUAUUAGUCUUUCAAUAAAUGAUAAAGAUUUAGCUAAUAUAAAAAAGUUGAGAGAAUUAGUUAAAGAGGAGUUAACACCUUACUAUGAUACAGACUUUAAUUUGUUGCGUUGGCUUCAAGGCCAUCACAAUAAUUUUGAAGAAAUUGUUCCAAAACUCAAAAGUCAUUUGGCAAUGAGAAAGUCUAAUUUUAAAUUGGAUAUUAUUGCUGACGGCCCUCGUAACAAUCCUGUACAUUCCUAUUGGGAGGUGAGCAUAAAAUCCUUUUAUUUCUCCAAUUUCACAAAAUUAAUUUUAAAGUCUGGAUUGACUUGUGAGGCAGAAUUAACACCAAAUUGUAUUGUUAAUGUUGAGCAGACUGGCGCUAACGAUUAUUGGGGAAUUUUGCAUAAAUUCUCACUUAAUGAAAUUCUAAUGGCGAGGAUAUACGAUUUGGAAACAAUGUUAAGAAAAAUAAUGGAAAAGGAGAAAGAAACAGGUCACCAACAUUCAAUUAUGUAUAUAAUGGAUUUGAGUGGAUUACACUUUGAUUCUAAUUUAAUUACAAUGCUUAGAGGGGCCCUUCGUUCACUUUCUACAUUUAUUACAGAACAUUAUGUUGAAUUAAUUAGGUCUUUUGUUCUCGUUAAUGCUCCCGAAUUUAUUAGUAUGAUUUGGUCUAUAGCUAAACCUUUAUUACCUGAAAAAACGAGACAAAAAGUAAUUAUUAUGGGAGCUUCACAUUGGCGAAGAGAAAUUCUUGAAAUGGCGACUCCAAAAGCAUUACCGGCAUUUUGGAAUGAAUCGUGUGAAAAUAGGGUAUUUUUAGCUGAAUUAAACCGUUCAAAGCCAGUUGACCGAAAUUCACUUUACAAAUCUGAUCCAAAAGAAAGUGUUGCUUCUGGUUAUUACAAACAGUUAAAUGUUUCUCCAGGCAAAAGUUCUUAUGUAGAUUUAAAAGUGGAGAAAGUAAAUUAG